GUCUACUCAAAGACCACUGAUGGUAGCUCUGCUUUUCAGAUCAUGGCCCACCUGCGGCACGGUCCAUCAGACACACGGUCCGAAUCACACUAAUCUGCAGCCACGUUGGGCCCCACGCGCCAACAUCAGACGCUCGCGCCGAAAGCUCCUCAACAUCUCUAUAAACUACCGAAGAAUCCCAAAACCCACUACUAAUUUCAACAUUCCUUUCCCAGACGAGGAAAAAGAAUCCCAUUCCGAUUUCCAAUUUCCGAAUUCCGAAAAUCCGAUUAUGACGAAUAAUAACAAGCCCCAAACGGGGCGGACGAACCUUGCGUCGUGCAUCGUAGCGACUAUCUUCCUGGUCUUCGUUGCCAUCGUCAUCCUCAUCAUCUUCUUCACCCUCUUCAACCCCAAAGAACCACGGAUCGCCGUUAACGCCGUCCAACUCCCGUCCUUCUCCGUUACUAACGGCACCGUCAACUUCACCUUCUCCCAGUACGUCUCUGUUCGAAACCCUAACCGCUCCGUCUUCACCCACUACGACAGCUCCCUCCAGCUCAUCUACGCCGGAAACCAGGUCGGCUUCAUGUUCAUCCCCGCCGGAAAGAUCCAAGGCGGUCACACCCAGUACAUGUCCGCCACAUUCUCCGUCGAGUCGUUCCCGUUCGCCGUGACGCCUGCGGCUGCGGCAGUGGCUGCUGGCGGCGUCGAUGGGCUCCGCCUCGGGCCGAGCAUGGAGAUCCAGUCGAAAUUGAGGAUGGAGGGUAGGGUUAGGAUUUUGCAUUUCUUCACGCAUCACGUGGAGGCAAGCGCCCGGUGCCGAGUCGCCGUCUCCACCACCGACGGUUCUGUGUUAGGGUUUCAUUGCUGAGGAAAUGUGGGAUUUGGAAUUAGAUGAGUGGCGAGGGGUAAGAUCGGAAAAUUGUAAAAAAAUAUUUUAAGUGUUGUAAUUUUAGUUUUCUAGGGUUUUUUUUUUUUUGAAAUUUUGAAAUCGCGUUUUUUCUUUAAUUGAAUUGCUUGAAUGUGAAAA